GGUCAAACCUUUGUGUUCACUUCUCAACGGGCUCCACGUUCGGGAAAACUCGCCUAACAUUUCCAACUGGGGAACGACGUCGCAUUGCAGUAAGAGCAGAACAUUUUCCCUUCCCCGGUGGUUCCCCAUCGUCGUUGGAAAAUGAGGCGGCCGGCGAACAAAUCGACGAUUAAUAUCAGCGCCAUGGCGCGCAAAGUUGGCGUCGAUAAUCGAAUUCCUCUCCGUAAUUACUACCGAAUUGCCGAUAAUCUCCUCAAACAGGCUAACAUUUAUCGGGAGGAGAAGAAUAUUAUCGACUUGUAUAUAAUACUUCUUAGAUAUUCCAGUUUGGUUUCUGAGACUAUACCGUUCCAUCGCGAUUACCAGGCUUUGUAUCCUAAAGAAAGAACGUCUUUUAGAAAGAAAUUAUCAAGUGUGCUAGAUGAGCUGGAGGCCUUAAAACCGGAAGCACAACGGCGGUUGCAUGAUAGAGGAAGAGUUGAGGUGAAAGAUGAACCUUCUUUACUUGAUGGAGAGAAAAGGGCUCCAUCUGCAUCAGCAUCCUUUCAAGAAUGGCCAACUGCAAACAAUAGAGCAUCAUUAAGCUACGACAAUCAAAGGCAGGCUUGCACAGCUCAGUCUUCUUGGAAAAGGAAUGAUAACUACAGUCUAGUUCCAUCAACGAGUCCAAUUGAUAAGCAUUUCCAGAAGCUAAAUCUCAGUUUACCUCUUCCAAAGCAAGAAACAUUGUCUAGACACUCCUUUUUAGGACCAAAUGGUCUUCAUGGUCAGUGGCUAGGAUCUACCACUGAGAUAAAGGUCAACUAUCCAAUUAACACAGAUUUAGCUUCAAAUGAAGACUCAAGCCUGAAUCAGGGUGGAAAAUAUGAGAUUGUCACAUCAAGGGAUGGUGAUCUGGAAGUGGAAAAGUCUGCUAUGGCAUCUGUUCUCUCUCUGGAUGAUGGAAGAUGGUCAUCUCUUGACAAGGAUUCCGCUCGUCCAUUUGAUGACGAAGUGAGAGAUAUUUUUCCAUUGGUUAGACAACCAUCUCCACCUCCUGUCCUUGCUCAGGUGCAACCCGAGUAUCUUCCAAUAUCUCCUUCAAAGGUUGCAGAUCCAAGACCCGGACCUGCAAAAUUCUUUUCAGAUGGGACAGCCAGUUCUAACUCAUAUCAACAUCUGCAUAUUCCGGUGAAGAUGAUGGAUGAUUUCUUGAGAUUGGCUAAAAAAAAUACAGCAAGAAAUUUGGAAACAUGUGGAGUUCUUGCAGGGACUUUGAAAAACAGGGUGUUCCACAUAACAACACUUAUCAUCCCAAAGCAGGAAUCAACUUCGGAUUCAUGUCAGACAUUGAAUGAAGAAGAAAUCUUUGACGUUCAAGACAAGUGUUCUCUCUUCCCUCUUGGGUGGAUUCAUACACAUCCAUCUCAAACCUGCUUCAUGUCAUCGGUUGACCUUCACACACAUUACUCAUAUCAGGUGAUGCUACCAGAAGCCAUUGCAAUUGUUAUGGCUCCGACAGACACAUCCAGUCCUCAUGGCAUUUUUCAUUUGUCCGAUCCGGGCGGUGUGGCUGUUAUACGCAACUGUCAGCAACGUGGUUUUCAUCCACAUGAGGCUGCUGAAGAUGGAAGCCCCAUAUAUGAGCACUGUUCGCACGUGUAUAUGAAUUCUAAUUUGAAGUUUGAUGUGGUAGAUCUUCGGUGAGCUGAUGUUAUACGGCUAAUUUUGUAUUGAUAGAAAUAGUUUCGGACAUGAAGCGAGUCUUAUUAAAAUUAAGAUGCCUUUGUGAAUAGCAUUUGACAGGAAAAGAGAGUCAUUCGUUUUCUGUACCAUCGAAUGAUCAGCUAGAAGUAAUCAUUCAGUUUGAGGAUGUGUUGCGAUGUUCCAAAAGAAAUUUGUUUCCAAACCCAUGCCUGUUAAAUUCAUGUACCUUUUAUCUUGUGCA